CGCCUGGCCUGCUUUGCUCUCCCCUGCUCUCGAUGUCCUUUUCCUGGAGACCUUCUGCUUCCUUCCCCAUGCUUGCGCCUUUCUUUCCCCUGCGCGGUGAACUCUAUCACAAAGCAACAAACCCCCUGAACAAGGACCUGGACUGGGAUGGUAUCAAUGCUUUCUGUGAGCAGCUCAAUAAGGAACUAGAGGGUCCUCCACUUGCUACUCGACUUCUUGCCCACAAGAUCCAGUCUCCACAGGAAUGGGAAGCUAUCCAAGCCCUCACGGUGCUGGAGUCCUGCAUGAAGAGCUGCGGCAAACGCUUCCACGAUGAGGUGGGCAAGUUCCGCUUCCUCAAUGAGCUCAUCAAAGUGGUAUCACCCAAGUAUCUUGGCAGCCGGACACCAGAAAAAGUGAAGUCAAAGAUCCUGGAGCUGAUGUACAGCUGGACAUUAGGGCUGCCUCACGAGGUGAAGAUUUUGGAAGCCUACCAGAUGCUGAAGAAACAAGGAAUUGUGAAGUGCGACCCAAAACUGCCUGACGAUGCUCCUUUUCCGCCACCUCCCCCUCGGCCCAAGAACAUCAUCUUUGAUGAUGAAGAGAAAUCCAAGAUACUGGCUCGUCUCCUGAAAAGCUCCCAUCCUGAGGACCUCCGGGCUGCCAACAAGCUCAUCAAGGAGAUGGUUCAAGAGGAUCAGAAGCGUAUGGAGAAGAUCUCCAAGAGGGUGAAUGCCAUUGAGGAGGUGAACAACAAUGUGAGACUGCUGACAGAAAUGGUGACAAACUACAGUAAGGGGGAGACAACAGAGAGCAAUGAAGACCUAAUGAAGGAGCUGUAUCAGCGCUGCGAGCGCAUGAGGCCCAUGCUUUUCCGGCUUGCCAGUGACACAGAAGACAGUGAUGAAGCUCUGGCGGAGAUCCUGCAAGCCAAUGACAAUCUGACACAGGUGAUCAAUCUCUACAAGCAGCUUGUACAGGGAGAAGAGAUCAAUGGGGAGACAGUGGCUGCUUCCCUUCGAGGCAGCACCUCAGCACUUCUCGAUCUAUCAGGCUUGGAUCUUCCAGCAACAGGCCCUUCCUACCCUGCCUUGCCCACCAUUUCAGGUGGCUCAGCAGUUCCCAUGCCUGACCAAGCUGGUUCUGUCUCCUUGCUGGAUGAUGAACUCAUGUCUUUAGGCCUGAAUGACCCAGCACCACAUUCUGCCCAGGCUGCUGACAGCAGUGGCUGGAACAGCUUCCAGUCAUCGGAUAGCAACGACCUGAGUACCACCCCUGUCGCGGUAACGCCACCAGUCAAAGCAGAUGUUGGCGCCUCCUCCCCCAAACCUUCUCCUUUCACCAGUGGCCUGGAUGACCUGGACCUCCUGGGCAAGACCCUGCUGCAGCAGUCUUUGCCUCCAGAGUCUCAACAAGUACGAUGGGAGAAGCAUCAGCCACCCCCACGGCUCACCCUGAGGGAUCUCCAGAACAAGAGCAGUUCUGGUGCCGUGGCCCACAAUCCCAGCUCUCUGCCUCUGCUCCAGAGUGUUUCCCCUAACCCCACGCUGCCCCUGACCUCAGAGCUGCCUGCCCCUGCUACUCUUCCAAAAUCUGCCACCACAGCAGCAGGAAGUACCACAGUCUCACUGCGGCCUCCUGCCACUGUGCUGCCCCAGGAGAUCUCGCUGGCCAACAUCACUGUGCCUCUGGAGUCAAUCAAACCCAGCAGCAUCCUCCCUGUGACGGUGUAUGAUCAGCAUGGCUUCCGUGUCCUUUUCCACUUUGCUAAGGAUGCCCUGCCCGAGAGGCCUGAUGUACUUGUGGUGGUGAUUUCUAUGCUUAGCACAGCCCCACAGCCCAUCCACAACAUCGUCUUUCAGUCUGCCGUCCCCAAGGUGAUGAAGGUGAAGCUACAGCCUCCCUCAGGCAUGGAGCUGCCAGCAUUCAAUCCUAUUGUCCACCCCAGUGCCAUCACACAAGUCCUGCUGCUUGCUAACCCACAGAAGGAGAAAGUGAGGCUACGGUACAAGCUGACCUUUACCAUAGGAGAGCAAACCUACAAUGAAAUGGGGGAUGUGGACCAGUUCCCUCCACCGGAGUCCUGGGGAAACCUCUAGGGCCACAUGUGACAGAAACACACUGCAGAGUCCUUGGGAAGCCAGCCCUGCAGGGCUGGAGCAGCCCGAGGAGAUGGGGAGGGUGGGUGGGAGGCUGCUGCUCAUGCUCUGUUCUCUAGAUGGCCGGGCAAGGGCCAGAGGGAGCAUGCCUUGAGGAGGAGAGCAGAGACGCCAGGAGAUGUUCAUUCCACAAGACUAGGAGCAGAGUGGAAAGCUUAGUGUGGGUGAACAGUUGCCUUCCCUGCUCUUCUGAAGGCGACACUCCCUCCCCACUCUGUCUAGCUUUUCUUCUAACCCUGCUUUUUCCCCUCUAGGUGCAGUGGGGAACAAGGAUGGGAGCUUUAACAGCCUCAGCCUGAGCCAAGGCCUAGCAAAGGAAGAUCCUUUUCCUUGUCUGUCUUCUCCAUACUUCCCAGCCUUUCAGCUGCUUUGUGUUCUGUGGUGCUCCCUCUUGUCCCCCUUACCCCCUCCUUGGAGCCGGACCCCAGGGGUUCCCUGUGUGGUGGGAUCACACUGGAGCUGGUGUGGAAUAAGGCUGGGCAGGGACUAGGUGUCUCUCUUUAGGAGGGGUCAGGGGGAAGUGAUCUUCCCUUAUCUCCCUCAUUUCAGCUGCUUACAGUGCUGUUGGUGGGAGGUGGGCCCUGGGGUCAGGAAAGGGAUUGCUCCAUGCCUUCCCAUCCCCUUCACCUGUAGCUCCUGGGUGUUGAACUACUGCCACGAGGAAGCCCACGCCCUUCCGGUGUGCUUUAUCUACCACAGCAAGCUUUGGGGACUGCUGCUGGGGUUUGUCCUGUGUGCCAGCCCCAAGAGGGGCUCUGAGGGGGUGAGUCUUCCCCUAGUCUCCUGCCAGACAAGGAGAGGAAGCAGCACAUGCUCUUCGUCCCCUCUGGCUGAGCUGGAGAGUUUGGGGAGGUGGGGGGUUGGCUCAGCUCUUCAGGGUCUUCUCACAGUGGGGGGUUGGUGGUGGGCUGGGGAGUUGGGGAGCGACUGCAGCCCAGCUCAUCAUCAGGGGCACCACUAAGCUCUGCACUGGGAGCCCAGCGCUACAGUGGGGGGUGGGAGGGGGGUUACAGCUGUGCCUUGUGCACCUUUGUCCACAGCUGUGGGCAGGGAGCCCCCUGCAGCAGGGAGGGGUUUUGCCCCAGCUGCCUGAUCACUGUGACACAAGAGCGGGGAUCUGCAGGCACGGAGGAGACUGGGGUUGGCAUGUCCUGAGUGAUCUCCAUCCCUAUGAAAUUUGCAAUCACAGGAGCUGCUUCCCAUCCUUAAGCUGGUUUUAAGAGGGUCUGAUCUUAAAAGCAGGGGCAAGCUGUGCCCUACAUCGGCUUGCCAGAGGUAGGAGGAGGCCUGUGAGAUGGCAGUGAGUGCGUGGCUUGGGGGCAGCAAAGGUGAGGUGUCUUGGAGCUGGGCACAGCAAGUGGUAGAGGAGAGGGGGAAGGAAGGUCUUUAUGCUGGGGUUCUGCUGUGUCUUACUUCCCUUUCUGGUCUCUUUUCAGGGUUUUGUAUGGAUUUUCUUCUUUGCAGAUCUUGUUUGGUUCUUGAACAGACUUGUAUAUAUUUUCAGUGCAAAAUUCUGUAAAUGGAAGAAAACAAACAGAUUUAAAACAAACGCCCGGUGCGAAUAAUCUGCUGUAUUUAUGGGAAAUAAAAGAGUUCU